CUUAGUCAAGAGUAAUAAGAUCAGAAUGGCGUCAAAUUUUGAUCUAGAUCAGUCUUCUGGGUUGCUUGACAAGUUUGAAGUAAUUGAAGGAGUAUAAGAAGAACAUCGAGAGUUGGAUUAGUGACAUCGAUCAGCAAAAAUGAGCAAUGUAGAUUUGUUUGGGGUGAAAAGGGGUGGCUGUGAUUGUAAGCAGUGCCCCACAUAUUGCUAUGCGAAGGACAAUUUAUGCUUUUAUUGUGGCUGUGUCCCAAUAAAACAUAUGAAAUUAGAAUAAAUUAUCCAGUUUAAUACCUGAUUCAUUUUACCAAACUCCCGAAAUUGAUAAUAAGAUGGGACUCUAUACAUCGAUGGAAAGAAAGGAGUUUAACAAGGUUAUGCGGAUUUUGUGUGACCGAAUGAUUAAGGCGAAUUGCAGUUCAAAGACUGACAUCAUUCAAAUAACAUCAUUAGACAUUGACAAAUUUCCAAGCUUAAAGGGAAGUUUUGGAGGAGAUAACGAAAGAAUGAUAAAAGCAUUAACUAAUUGCAUUAAAAAUAAAACUACUCGAGAUCAUAUUCCGAAUAAAAAAAACCUGAUCCAAUUAAGGGAGUGAAAAAAACGGUUCAGUCUAGCAAUAAUGAUAGUGAUCGUUUGAAUGAUUUGUGCACAGAAAUGGUAGAGGAGUAUUCAGAUCUAGAGAAGGAUGUAACAAAACUUAAAGGUUUACUAAGAGAGACCCGAGAAAUAAAAUUAAAUGAAUUAAAAAAACUGUCAGCUAAAGACCUAUUAAACAAAUAUCCAGCUUUGAAUGAUAAAGAAUUAUUCAUUUGGGAGUUCGAACAACUUGUGCAGGUUCGCGUGAAGGACAUGCGAUUGAAUUUGACGAUUUCAAUUGACAAAAUGCUGACGAUUUUGAAAGUGAAAACUACUGAAGGUGACAUUAAUAGAAAGGCACUACACCUCCUAAAAUACCUGCCGGAUUUGUUUCCUUCUAAUGGCAAAAAGAAACAACAGAAUCACUCUUUGCUGGAAAUGGAAUUAAGAGAAGAGGCUCCUUCAAAAAUCACCGCUCCAAUAUUGAUAGCAGCUGAUGCAGACGGUAACCAACUGAAAUCAUACGUUGAUUCUGAGCCCAUGCACUGUGCACAGCCAUUUGAAGCUAUAAUAUUAUUAAUGGCAUCGUACUACAUUUUCAACAUCAAUUAUGAAAAGCAUCUCAAUUUGCAGUUUAUUCUUUUAGAAUAUUUAAUUUUUGGUAGCGAAGUUUCGCGAAUUUCGCCUGGAAAUUCAAAAUACUUGUCCGUGACAAACGUAUUAGAGAAAGCAGGCAUCACACCCAAAUUUUACGAGAUGCCAAAAUGUUAAUCAGUUUUGUUUUUUAUAGCAAUAAGUUAAAACUUAUAUUGAAUUCGAGUUGUUCAUUUAUGAAUUAAUAAUAAAAAUUUAAAAUAAAUUGUUUUGUUAGAAA